UUUGCAACUUCAUGCGACAUUCAGUAGGUGCAGGGUUCAAUACCUACUGAUAGCCAUAGGCUGCAAUUCAAUACUGAAUCUCUAUGGUGCAAGGUUCAAUUCCUACAUAUGGCUCUCCCUUAAUCCAGAAACAGUAUAAAACACCGUGUUUACUUUGCAGCUUCAUGACAAAUCCAAGGAACCACCUUUAUUCUGCUUGAUAGAAGCUAAGGUGCAACAUUAACAUUUGUUGUGGACCUAAGCUUACAAAGGAUGCAAAGCCCUUACCAGAAAUGGAUGAUGCAUUCAGCUCCGCUGUAGCCAUUUCUUUCUUUACAAGGAAAGAUCUUGGACUGAUAGCCACGGAGGGUUUUCUGUAAAACUGACUGAGGAGUGAAUGAGGUGUGAUUUUAGACUUAUCAAAGAUAUAAUACGUCGAGCUGUGAAGUAUAUCAAAACAGACACUAGUUUACAGAGCCUUGAGCUUCUGGAUAUUGAUGGCGACCCCAGAAACCGCAGCUACUCCAGCAACCCCUACUGAGAAAAAUGAGAUGGUGCCGAAAAAUGAGAUGAUACAUGAGCAUGGUGAUGAGAUGGUGCCGCAAAAUGAGAUGAUACAUGAGCAUGGUGAUGAGAUGGUGCCGCAAAAUGAGAUGAUACAUGAGCAAAGCCAUGAGAUUGUGCCGGAAAAUGAGAUGCAAAAUGAGAUGAUACAUGAGAUUGUGCCGGAAAAUGAGAUGCAAAAUGAGAUGAUACAUGAGCACAGCCAUGACAUUGUGCCUGAAAAUGAGAUGCAAAAUGAGCACAGCCAUGAGAUUAUGCCGGAAAAUGAGAUGAUACGUGAGCACAGCCAUGAGAUUGUGCGGGAAAAUGAGAUGAUACCUGAGCACAAUCAUGAGAUAGUGCCGGAAAAUGAGAUGAUACAUGAGUGCAGUCACGAGACAGUGCCACAAAAUGAGAUGGUACAUGAGCAUAGUCAUGAAAUGGUGCCAGAUAAUGAGAUGACACAUGAGCACACUCACGCGAUGGUGCCGGAAAAUGAGAUGACACAUGAUCAUAAUCACGAGAUGGUGCAGGAAAAUGAGAUGACACAUGAGCAUAAUCACGAGAUGGUGCCGGAAAAUGAGAUGAUGCAUGAACAUGGUCAUGAGAUGGUGCCGGAACAUGAGAUGAUGCAUGAACAUAGUCAUGAGAUGAUGCCGGAACAUGAGAUGAUGCAUGAACAUCAUAUGGUGCUUGGGCAUGAGAUAGUCCCUAGCAAUGAGAUGGUCCCGGAUGAUGAGAUGAUCCCACUAAAUGAGAUGGUCCUUGCUGAACCACAACCCAACUAUAUAGAAACACCUCCAAACAAUCCAGAAACACAGCCCAGCAAGCGUAGGAAGAAGAAGUCAAUAGUUUGGGAACACUUCACCAUUGAAAAUGUCGGCGGUGGAACUAGAAGGGCACAAUGUAAGCAGUGCAAGCAAUCAUUUGCAUAUAGUACAGGUUCAAAAGUAGCUGGCACUAGUCACCUGAAACGCCAUAUUGCGAAAGGAACCUGUCCAGUUGUCCUACGUAACCAACAGAAUAAUCAAUUGAGCCCAUAUAGUACACCUCCUAAGAUGAGUGGAUAUGGUGGUAGUACUGAUGCACCAAAACGGCGUUAUAGGACUGCAUCUUCUCCUUACCUUGCUUUUGAUCCUGACCGGUGCCGUCAAGAGAUCUCUAAGAUGAUCAUCAUGCACGACUAUCCCCUUCACAUGGUUGAGCAUCCAGGCUUUCUUGCUUUUGUGCAGAAUCUUCAACCUCGUUUUGAUAUGGUGAGCUUCAACACUGUGCAAGGAGAUUGUGUGGCAACUUAUCUUAGAGAGAAGCAAGCCAUACAGAAGGUCAUUGAGGGAGUGCCUGGGCGUAUCUGCUUAACGCUAGAUAUGUGGUCCUCCUGCUACACUGUGGGCUAUGUGUUCAUAACCGGGCAGUAUAUUGACAGUGAGUGGAAAAUUCACAGGAAAAUACUCAAUAUCAUUAUGGAACCAUAUCCAGAUUCUGACACGGCUUUCAGCCAUGCUGUUGCUGCUUGCCUUUCUGACUGGAGUAUGGAAGGUAAGUUGUUUUCUGUCACUAUUAAUCAGCCGUUGGGUGAUGCUUCUGUUGAUAAUCUUAGAGCUUUACUAUCUGUGAAGAACCCUCUUGUGCUCAACGGUCAGUUGUUGGUCGGAAGUUGUCUUGCUCGAACUUUAAGCAGCAUUGCCCAAGGUGCAUUUAAUUUUUUGCAUGAAACUGUUAAGAAAGUAAGAGAUAGCGUCAAGUAUGUGAAAACAUCAGAAUUUCACGAGGAAAAGUUUAUUGAGCUCAAACAGCAGCUUCAAGUGCCAAGCACAAAGACUUUGGCUCUUGAUGACCAGACUCAAUGGAACACCACAUAUGAGAUGUUGUUAGCUGCAUCAGAGUUAAAGGAAGUGUUUUCAUGCUUGGAUACAUCUGAUCCCGAUUACAAGGAUGCCCUGUCAAUGGAUGAUUGGAAGCAAGUUGAGGUUCUUUGUACUUACUUAAAAAUCCUCUUUGACACUGCCAAUCUUCUGACUGCACCAACAAUUCCAACAACCAACACAUUCUUCCAUGAAGCAUGGAAGAUUCAAUUGGAACUGGCUCGUGCUGCAGCAAGUGAAGAUCCAUCCAUAAGCGGUCUUACCAAAACAAUGCAAGAGGAGUUUGAUAAAUACUGGAAGAGUUGUUGUCUAAUAUUAGCUAUUGCCGUUGUAAUGGAUCCACGCUUCAAAAUGAAACUUGUAGAAUUCAGCUUUACAAAAAUAUAUGGUGAAGAAGCUGCCACCUUUGUGAAGUUCGUUGAGGAGGGAAUCCACGAGCUCUUCCUUGAAUACGUGGCACUUCCUCUGCCUCUGACCCCAGCUUAUGCUGAAGAGGUAGAUGAUGGAGCUUUGAAGCAGGAGAAUGGUGGGGGCGGACUUACAGAUUUUGAUGCCUAUAUUAUGGAGACAACAAGCCAGCAGUCAAGGUCAGAACUUGAUCAAUAUUUGGAUGAGUCCUUGUUGCCUCGUGUUCAUGAAUUUGACGUUGUUGGGUGGUGGAAACUGAACAGAAUGAAGUACCCAACUCUGUCAAAAAUGGCUCGUGACAUCUUGUCUGUUCCAGUUUCUACUGUAACAGCUGAUUCUGUGUUUAGCACGGUAGGCAAAGAGAUGGAUCGCUACAGGUGUUCCUUGCGACCUGAGACCGUGGAGGCCCUCAUUUGCGCCAAGGAUUGGCUUCAAAAUGCAUCAGUAAAUACCUUACAUGCACCAAUAAAAAUGGAAGUCCCCAUUUAGGUUUUUUCUGUGAUGUUAAAUACUUGUCUAGAAUAGCCUUUGUAGCUGAUUUCUGUUUUCUUUGAGAUUGUUAUAACAUUUGUCUCCUCCGUGUCAUCUGAGAAUCGACUUUCUUGUAUCAUAAUUUGGAAUCAGUAGAGACUUACUGGAGAGUUUAGUUGCGAUUUUCGAUGUCUUUUUUCGUUGAUGUCUGAAUGCAUGAAAGCAGUUUUAAUCUGGUGCAUGA